AUGGGAAAUCGAUCAUUUAAUUUACAUGAAUCGACUUCUACCUCAAUAUUAAAAGAUAGUAAAUAGAGGAUAAACUAUGGAAAAAGGCAAUUAUAAAAUAUUUUUUUCGUAUAAUAUUUAAGCUACGAUUUCAAAUAUUUAUUAUUGCUAGGAGUUUAAUAAAGAACAUUCUAAAAAAGAAAAAGAAUAAAAUUAUUUCACAAGUAGUUAAAUUCAUAGCAAUUCUCCAAGAUUGAACUAGGGUUUGCAAACUGCUCAUAAUUGGAGAUAAGUCUAGGAAUAUCUAAAAUUUAUACCAAAAGUAAUGAGAAUAACUCCAAAAUUAUUUUAAAAUUAGCCUAUUGA